AGAGGGCGCUUUUGGUAUCAAACCUCCGGAAAAGGAAGCUCGGUACAAUUGAAGCUAAAAUCUUCUUGUUGUUUUGGCGUGUAGAGUUAUUCAAGAUAAUUAUUUAAUUGUAAUUAUUUAAAUUGUUUUACAAUCAUGAAAUUAAACGCUAAAGUUAAAUCCAUUGGAGUCAAAGAUGUCAACCAAUCUAUUUUGGUAGAACGUGUUGCUGAUUUCCUUAAAAAAUCUGGCAAAUUACCAAUCCCAGCUAAACUCGACAUCGACAUUGUUAAAACUGGUCUUUUCAAGGAGUUGGCACCUUUUGAUCCAGAUUGGUACUAUGUGAGAUGUGCUGCAAUUGCACGACAUUUAUACCUUAGGUCACCAUCAGGAGUAGGAUCCCUUAAACGAGUAUUCGGAGGUAGAUACCGACGUGGUGUAAGACCUUCACACUUCUGUCAGGCUAGUGGUUCGGUUAUUAGGAAAUGUGUACAAAGCUUGGAAGCUUUAAAAUGGGUUGAAAAGGACCCCGCCACUGGUGCCCGCAAAUUGACUUCUCAAGGUGUCCGAGAUUUGGAUAGACUUGCUGCCCAACAAAAAGCAACAACCAGAAGCGAAGUGAUUGUGUAAAGAUUUUCACUUUAAUUCGUAUUAAAAUGAUAAAUUAACAGUCUAACGUUA